AUGCGGUUGAUUGACUCGAAACAACCACAGAGAGACACAAAACAACCACAAGACUCAAAACAACCACAGAGAGACACAAAACAACCACAGAGAGACACAAAACAACCACAGAGAGACUCAAAACAACCACAGAGAGACACAAAACAACCACAGAGAGACACAAAACAACCACAAGACUCAAAACAACCACAGAGAGACACAAAACAACCACAGAGAGACACAAAACAACCACAGAGAGACUCAAAACAACCACAAAGACUCAAAACAACCACAGAGAGACUCAAAACAACCACAGAGACUCAAAACAACCACAGAGACUCAAAACAACCACAAAGACUCAAAACAACCACAAGACUCAAAACAACCACAAAGACUCAAAACAACCACAAAGACUCAAAACAACCACAGAGAGACUCAAAACAACCACAGAGACUCAAAACAACCACAGAGACUCAAAACAACCACAAAGACUCAAAACAACCACAAAGACUCAAACCCACCACAGAGAGAGUAGUGAUCAGUUUCUGCGCCGCGGUGACCUGUCGUCUCCACCUGGACACGACUUCCUGUCCCGGAGGUCGACCUCUUCAGCAUCACGUGUCGCCCGUUGAACCAGAGAAGAAGAAGAAGCAGCGUGGGCGGAGCUUCCUGUGGAGGUGGCGGCUGAGUUCAGACACUGAAGAAGUAAACAACAGCAGAGUGAGUUUGUUUGUCCUGCUGCAGCUGUCAACAACAGAUCAACCAGCGAGGUGUGUCAGGCCACGCCCCCUCAGGUGUGUCUCAACAGACGUCAAAGUUUCUGUCAGGAUGGACGGAGGACGGACAGGAAGUCCCCCCGCCGCCUCGCCCCCCCGCCUUCCUGCCGGCCAGGACGCUCCUGAAGAGGACCAGCUGCAGAGCAGAGAGUCCCUCAGUCCGCCAGAGUCCCACAGAGGUCAGGAAGACCAGAACCAGGCAGGGGAAGACCAGAACCCUGCAGACCAGAGUCGUGUUCAGAAAGUCCAGAAUCCUGUAGAGAAAACAAGGGCUACAAAGAAACGUCCUGCAGGGAAAUACCGGCGCUCUGCAGAGAAACCUGCAGAGAAACCUCAGAAACCUGCAGAGAAACCUCAGAAACCUGCAGAGAAACCUCAGAAACCUGCAGAGAAACCUCAGAAACCUGCAGAGAAACCAGACCAUCUGGGACUCGCUGAACACAGAAACCACGAGGACCUAGGAGAAAAACCAAAACCAGAUGAUCCUCUAAAAACACCAGAUAAACUAAAUCCAGAAGAUCAGGCUUCCCCAAGAAAUGAGGCAAAUGUAGAUCAACCAAAAACCAAACCUUCUCCAACUGAACCAGAUCAACUAAAACCAGAUCAACUUCCUUCAGAGCAACAAAAACGGAGAGAUUCGCCUUCGACAGAAAGACGGAAAACAAAAGAUUCUUCUUCUCCAGAAGGUCCGCCGGAACCAGGUCAGCCUUUUCCAACUCAACCAGAUCCACUAAGACCAGAUCCUCCGGUCGAACAAAAACCAGAAGAUUCUCAGGAAUACCAGACCCAGGAGGAUCUUUGUCCACCACAGCAGAGAACUGAACAGGACCCUCCUCCUUUAACUGUUUCCACUUCAGACCAGAAGGAGCUUGAGUGCCACAACUCCAAAGACCAGCAGAACCACCAGGAUCCACCUCCAGAGAAACUCACUUCAACCACAUCUGAGAGGCACCAGGACCACCAAGAUCCUCCUCAGCAGGCUCCUCCUCCUCCGGUUCAGUCUUCAAACAUCCCUCCAACUGAAGACUUAACCCUGGCUCCUCUAGUCCAGACUCCUCUAGUCCAGACUCCUCCGGUCCAGAUUCCUCCAGUCCAGACUCCUCCGUUCCAGACUCCUCCAGUCCUGGCUCCUCUAGUCCAGGCUCCUCUAGUCCAGGCUCCUCUAGUCCAGGCUCCUCCGGUUCCAGCUCCUCCGUUCCAGACUCCUCCGGUCCAGACUCCUCCAGUCCUGGCUCCUCCAGUCCAGACUCCUCCAGUCCAGAUUCCUCCAGUCCAGACUCCUCCAGUCCUGGCUCCUCUAGUCCAGGCUCCUCUAGUCCAGACUCCUCUAGUCCAGGCUCCUCCGGUUCCAGCUCCUCCGUUCCAGACUCCUCCGGUCCAGACUCCUCCAGUCCUGGCUCCUCUAGUCCAGGCUCCUCCAGUCCAGACUCCUCUAGUCCAGGCUCCUCCGGUUCCAGCUCCUCCGUUCCAGACUCCUCCGGUCCAGACUCCUCCAGUCCAGACUCCUCCGGUCCAGACUCCUCCAGUCCUGGCUCCUCCAGUCCAGACUCCUCCAGUCCUGGCUCCUCCAGUCCAGACUCCUCCAGUCCUGGCUCCUCUAGUCCAGGCUCCUCCGGUUCCGGCUCCUCCGGUCCAGGCUCCGCCCCUUACCCUUGAGGUGUUCUGUGACCAGGUGCAGCCCCGCCCCCCUCCAGUUUCUUCUUCAGGUGAACCCAGGCUGUGCGGGUUCCUGCAGAAGCAGGGGGGGCCCCUGAGGGCCUGGAAGCAGCGCUGGUUCACCUACGAGGAGAAGAAGAACCAGCUGUUCUACUACCGCACACCGCAGGACGUGACGCCGCUCGGCCGGGUGGAGCUCUGCAGCGCCACCUUCACCUACCCGCUGAAGGCCGAGAGGGGCACCUUCCACAUCAAGACCCCCGAACGCACCUUCAUACUCAAGGCGGUGACCCAGGAGCUGAUGCUCUACUGGCUGCAGCAGCUGCAGGUGAAACGCUGGCAGCACCGACAGACAGACAGCUGUCCAGACCGGACAAACAGCAACAACAACAACAACCCUGCAGACGACUUCCUGCCGGCGCUGAAGAGUCCUCUCGGUCUGGUCGGCGCCGAGGCCGCCAGCGCCCCGGCAGCUCGCACGCCGCUCGCCAACAUGUCCCUCAAACACCCGCUCAUCCACAUCCAGAACUCGGUCCACAGUCUCCGUAAGCGAGCGUCUCAGGAGUGGAACCAGAGUGUGUUUUAUGUGGACGCUCCAUCACAAACUCCUGCAGACACCAACAGCACUGCAGUUCCCAGCAGUCCCUCUGAGCCUCCGGCCCCGCCCCCUCCGGUACCACCCCCUCUGGCCCCGCCCCCUCCGCUCUCAUUGGCCGAGCCUGCGGGUCAGGUGACCCCGACGGAGGGCCGGGAGUCGCCCUCGCUGUUCGAGCGCCGCAGCAGGAAGACGAAGACCCGGCGCUCGUCCACCAUGACGGCGCUCCGCAGGGACGGCGGGUCCUCAGACGGGACGUCCCGCCUGCAGCAGGAGAACCAGAUGCUGCUGGAGGAGGUCAAGGCCCAGAAGGAGCUGGUCUGGAUCCUGCACAAAGCUCUGGAGGCAUCUCAGCUGGAGAAGAGGACCUGCGGCGAGUUCCUGGCGGCGGCGGGCGAGCAGGAGCGCCUGGAGCUGCUGCGGCACCGCGAGCGCCAGGCGGCGGACCUGCGGCGCCGGCUGGAAGCGGCGCGGACGGAGACGGACGCCGCAGGGCGGAGCCUCGCACAGAGAGACGCCCAGCUGGCCGAGCUGCAGGAGAACAUCAGGAUGCUGACGGAGAAGAACCACGCCAAGCAGGAGGUGAUCAUUAAGCUGUCUGAUCAGGUGACUUCCUGUCUGGCCGACCCGCGGCGCUCCGGCUCGUCCGGCGGCGUUCUGGACUCUCAGACCCUCAGACAGCUGCAGCAGGAAGUGGAGAACCUGAAGGACGAUAUCGAGGCGUAUAAAAUUCAGAACAAGUUUCUAAACUCAGAGAUCUACCAGCUGACCAAACUGUGGAGGACCAGUUCAGAGCAGGAGAAGAGUCUGAUGGUGAAGUGUGCCUACCUGGAGGCCAGUAACUGCCAGGUGGAGAGCCGGUACCUGGGCGUCCUGCGGCAGCUGCAGGAGACUAAAUCUCUGGAUCCGGUCCAGCGGGCGGCCGUGCAAAAGAUGAUCGAGGACGCUCUGAAAGGAGAGCUGAAGAGCGUCCUGAAGCUGGGCGUGGCCAGUGGCCACGACGAGUACGGCUUCAAGGUUGUCCCGGACUACGAGGUGGAGGACAUGAAGCUGCUGGCCAAGAUCCAGGCGCUGGAGAUCCGCUCCCACAACCUGCUGCACCAGGAGGCCGGGGAGCGCCCCCUGCUGGGCCGCUGGGCUCAGUACCUGGCCGGCCGGUCGGAGGAGGACCUCUGUCCGUCCCCGGAGCUCAAAGCUCUGCUGCGGGGCGGCGUCCCCCCGGAGUACCGGCCCCGGGUCUGGCGCUGGGUGGUCCGGGCCAGAACCAGAACCAUCAGAGAGCACCACCCGCAGCGCUACCAGCAGCUGUGUGAGAAGACUCUGGCGUCUCCGGCCUCCAGACAGAUCCAGCUGGACUUGCACCGCACCCUGACCACCAAUCAGCACUUCUCCUCACCAACAAGCCCCGCCCUCCAGCAGCUCCGCCGCAUCCUAUUGGCCUUCUCCUGGCAGAGCCCUGCUAUUGGCUACUGCCAGGGCCUCAACAGGCUGGCGGCGCUGGCCCUGCUGGUGCUGCGCAGCGAGGAGGACGCGUUCUGGUGUCUGGUGGCGGUGGUGGAGGCCGUCAUGCCUCAGGACUACUACACCCAGAACCUGGUGGCCUCUCAGGCGGACCAGCGCGUGCUGAAGGACUUCCUGGCGGAGAAGCUUCCCCGCCUGUCGUCUCACUUGGAGCAGCACGGCGUGGACGUGUCCCUGAUCACCUUUAACUGGUUCCUGGUGGUUUUCGUGGAGAGUCUGCCGAGCGACAUCCUGCUGCCGCUGUGGGACGCCUUCCUGUACGAGGGCACCAAGGUGAUCUUCAGGUACGCUCUGGCGCUCUUCAAGUACAAAGAGGACGACAUCCUGAAGAUCCACGACAGCGUGGAGAUCUACCAGUACCUGCGCUUCUUCACCAAGACCAUCUCCGACGGCAGGAGGCUGAGCAGUCUGGCCUUCGGAGACAUGAACCCGUUCCCCGGUCGGCUGCUGAGGAACCGGCGAGCGCUGCACCUGGAGCGUUUGCAGGCGGAGCUGAAGGAGCUGCAGGAGCAGCAGAAGGAGUUCAGCACCGAGAGGACAGACAAGGAGCUGGACACCAUGCAGAGCGAGGACGAUGAGGAGCUCUGAGGACACCACGAACUCUGAGGACACAACAAACUCUGAGGACACCACGAGCUCUGAGGACACCACAAGCUCUGAGGACACCACGAACUCUGGGGACCACCACGAGCUCUGUGGACACCACAAGCUCUGAGGACACCAGAAACUCUGAAGACUCCAUGAACUCUGAGGACCACCACGACAUCUGAGGACACCACGAGCUCUGAGGACACCACAAGCUCUGAGGACACCACGAACUCUGAGGACACAACAAACUCUGAGGACACCACAAGCUCUGAGGACCACCACGAGCUUCACUCACAGAAUAAAUGAUGUUAAUAAUUAAUAAUUAUGAAUAAUAAUAAAUGAUAAUAAUGUGAGUUUUAUAAAGUGAAAGUGAAGAACUGAGUUUCUUUCUUCUUCUCUAUUAAUCUUCAGUUAAACUGUUUCAUUAACUGUCAGAUUCAGAUUCAGCAGCUGAAACUGUUUGUUGUUUUAAACACUAAAGAUAAAGAUGUUAACUCCUCGUCUGCUGACUGCUUCACCUCAAACACUCAACACAUUCUCAUCCUUCUUUACCUUC